GCGUUCCGUUCGCUCGUCCACCAGCGACGCGAGUAAAGUCGCUCGCCCCCCUCCCAACCGCCGCUCCCACCAGCAGCUCGUGCUCUCCGAUUAACCUCGCCUCGCUGCGGUUUACCUCUCACUUUCUCCCACCUUCCUCGCCCACCGCACCGCGUCCUCCCCGUCGCCCCCUCCUUAAGCAAGCCACCGACGGCGGCCGCGGAGCAGGGGACCCGGACCACCACCCCCACCACCUAGCAGCAGCAGCCAACCACUGAGGUACCCGGCAGGCAGGCAAUGUCCCUCCUCUCCUCGGCGAGGGCGGCGGCGGCGGCGGCCGGCGGGGAUGCGUGAGAUCGCGGCCCGGGCGCAUGGGGAAGGAGGCCGGGGACCAGCGCCAGCGCCCGCCCGACGGGGGCGCCGGCGGAGGCGGCGCCGAAGGUAGCGGGCGAUGCGGGUGCGGAGGGGCGGUGCGGCUGCAAUGCGUGGCGGCGCUCGUGCUGGGCGCGGCCGUGCUGCUCUCCGCGCUCUUCUGGCUGCCGCCCUUCGCGGGCCGCGGCGGGAGGGGGCCGGAAAGCGCGUCGGAUCCCUUCGCCGUCACAGAUGAUAUAGUGGCAAGUUUUAGGCUGCAGAAGAAUGUUUCCGAGCUCAGGGGAAACCUGUCCAAGCUCGUAUUGGACAUCUAUGCGGAAGUCGGCGUCCCUAACUCCAUUGUGGCUGUGGAUUUACUGCAUCCAUUAGCUGGAUCGAACUGGACAAAUGUCAUCUUCAGCAUUGUGCCUUAUCCAAAGAAUUCGACUAUAUCAUCAAUGGGGUUGAGCAUUAUUAGGUCAUCUUUCAUGUCCUUGGUUGUGCGGCAGUCAACACUCCACUUGACCAAGUCCAUGUUUGGGAAUUCAUCAUCCUUUGAAGUGCUUAAAUUCCCUGGAGGAAUAACAAUAAUUCCUCCGCAACAUGCUUUUCCUCCUGAAACACUCCAUGCAACUUUUAAUUUUACUCUGAAUUUCCCAAUCUACAAAGUGCAAGACAGAACUGAUGAAUUAAAGGAUCAAAUGAAGAAAGGGCUACUACUCAAUUCUAAUGAGAAUCUUUAUUUCAAAUUGGGAAAUUUGCAAGGAUCAACAAUUCUUCCUCCAACAAUUGUUGAGACCUACAUUGUUCGUGUUGUUGGGAAUCACCAGCCAUCUGUACCAAGGAUGAAGCAGUUGGCCCAAACAAUUACUAAUUCAUCUAAAGGGAACCUUGGUCUGAACCACACCGUAUUUGGCAAAGUAAAGCAGAUAAGCCUUUCCUCCUAUCUUAAUCGCUCUUUACAUAGCAGGGGCAGUUCUGAUGCACCUAGUCAAGCACCAAUGCAACAUCAUGGUCAUCACGGCCAUCAUCACCAUCACCAUGGUCAUGAAAGCAACAGGCAUUUGGCUCCUGCUCCUCUCCCUGUACAUACACCCAGAUAUGUUGCUCCACCUCCAUCUGGGUGUCCAUAUGGCAACAGGGCAAAGAGCAGGGUUCCUGUGGCGCCAGCUGCUGAGCCUGUAGCCAAUGAUCACCGUUUUACUCAUCCUGCCGCUUCACCACCUCAUCCAUUAUCACCUUCUUCUGUUCGUCAUCCUCCACGUGAUCCUAAUAUGCACAGUAGACCUCCCGUUCCGUCCCCUCCAGUUCUUCCAGAGCCGCCUUUGCCCAGUGUUUCUUUUAGUCAUGCACACCCUCCAAGUGAGCAUGGGACAGGAACCGGUCCUUCUGCUGGAAUGUCUGUGGCCCCUGCACCGCAUUCAUCUAAUGCUAGCCGGAGGCUCUCCUGUCAGUGGGUCCUGGUACCCCUCAUAUAUACCCUGCUUUGGAGCCUACUAUGACAGAAGAGAACCCGCGGCUAACCAGACAAUUCGAAAUAGAGAUUUUCCAAGAUAGAGGACAAGGCGCCUCUCGGUUUUCUUCUUUUCCGGUUUACUACAGCCGGCCGGGCGAGUGGUGAAGCACAAGGCAGCACCCCCCUUGCCUCAGGCACGCUGUCGUUUGUUAUACGUACUUGUUAGUGGGAUGUAAAUAUGGAUGGGUAUAAGGCAAGUAAGCAAGGCAAAGAAUGGGCAGGCAGCUGUGCUCGUAGUGGUCAAAGCCACAGCGGUGGCAGGCCCUUCUCUAGCACAUGCAUAUGCUUGGCCAGGUUUGCCAUGUACUGCUGCUGUUCAGAAGAGGAUUGUUAAAAUGUAAAAGCUUUCUUUUUACAUGAGAUGGCAUGGCUUUUGGCACCGGUAUACGGUGGCUUGGUUCUGCUUA